GUGAUUACAAAGUACAGCAGGAAAAAGAACUUCUGUGCACAGUAGGCUGGACUAUCCUGCCUUUGAGCUGAAGAGGAAAUACGUGCAGCACAAUGAUAAGAACGGCAGAGUAGACAUCUGUUGUCCAUAGGAGAAGACCACAGCCUCAUCUAACUCUCCCCAGCCAGGUGACCGUAAUGCAAGGUCUUAAUAAAGUCCAUUGAAAUGAAGACGAUGAUAACAUUCCAGAUGAACUCAAAUAGAAUUAUACAGAUCCACAUUAUAUUCAUUACGUUAUUGUUGACUGUAGUAAGCAAUGCCCAGAAGAGCCUACAUAUUACAAAUCUGGACUGCUUCAAUGAUUAUGAUAGGGAAAUGUUUUGUUUUUGGAACAUUAACUCAAACAGAAACUGCAGUGAGGAGUUCCAAUUGAAGUAUACAGAUUUUAUGGACAACACUUUCUAUUGUGGUGACCUUGGUAAUGACCACUCUGAAGGUAUUAUACUUCCUGAUAGAUGUAGAUGCAAUAUAACUGUCAGUACAUUUGUCUCAUCUGAAACAUAUGAAAUAGAAGUGGAAUCGCAGGGAACGCCAGUGGCCAAAACAACUAUACCAGUUUUCUAUAAAGUUAAACCGAAAGCCCCAUCAGAUGUACGUGUUGAACUCAAUGAGAGAGACAAUGGCAUAGUGCGUUGGGAUACCAACUACGUGAACCAAUUAAUUGGCAAUAAGUUUUCCUUUCAAGUUCAGUUCAUCUGCAAGCAAGACAAAACAAUGCCAUUAGAUGAUACAAUUACACAAGUGGAAUCCUGGUAUAAAUUCAGUAAGAGGCAGCUGAAGCGAGGAUAUGACUAUAUGGUGAGAGUCAGAACGAAGCCAGCAGCAAAUCAAGACCUCAAAGGAAUUUGGAGCGAAUGGAGUGCGUGGAAUCCAAACGCUGAGUGGAGGAAUGAUUACAGACUUUCUAUAGCGGAUCUGAAGAGCUAUAUUAUCCCAUUUUCCUGCGUAGCGACAUUGUUUAUCAUUCUUGCAAGUUAUUUCUGUGUUUCCAGGUUCAAGGAAAAAUGGUGGAAUAACAUUCCUGAUCCUGCAAAGAGCAACUUAUCUCAGAUCUUACUGAUACCGAAAAAUCAGUUUAACCCAGAUGGAAAAACUAGUGCAUCGGAAAUAUUUGGAUAUUGUUUGGGCAAAACAAUAAAAGACGAGAAGAAUUCCAAGAACGGUCAGCUUGCACGAAAGCAAGACCUCAAAGAUUGUUCCGAAAUCAAUUCUGAUCUGAAAAACAUUUUUUUUGAACCUGAGGAUGAAAAUAUUGAAAGCUGUGUAGAAAUUUACCCAAAAAUCGAUGAAUAUAGCCCAACUGAAGAAGACAUAUUAGAAGAUAAAGAUGAAAAUCACCUGCUGGGUACUGACUUCUCCAUCAAUAGGAUGUUCUGUGAUAUCUUAUGCGAUUCAUCAGCCCAAAAGAUGGACACAUUAGAUAAAUUUAAUAUUGGAAACACAUUCGGGAACUUCGGUUGUCCCAGCUUCAUGGAACCUUAUAAUAAUGAUGAAAUGCAUCUGCCUGAGGUCCUCCCAGAGUCUAUAUAUCAUAGCUAUGAUUUGGAUGAUUCUCCUGGAGAUUUCACUACAAAACUAUAUGUACCAAAUACCACUUACUGUAGUAACAAAAAUGACUUUUUGCCAUAUGCUCCACCCUUGCCAUAUGCUCCACCCCUGCCAUAUGCUCCACCCUUGCCAUAUGCUCCACCCCUGUCAUAUGCUCCACCCUUCAGCCUUAAUGAGAGCUGCUCCCAUGAUUAUAACAAGGCCAAAAUCAUGAAUUCGGGCUACAGCAGCUUUGCCAAUGCUCUGGCUCAAGAUAAAUUGGAUUCUGUCAUUGAUAGGGCAGAAAGAGACCUCAUAUCAAACCUUUGUAUGGACGGUUCUUCACAAAGCAUGUUUUACAACCCUAACACCUGUAAUAUACUGACGAUGCCAAAUGGUAUUUUCUAUUACAAUACACAACAUUGUUUUGUUCCAUCUAGUAAUGCAGCUGAUCUUCAUAUCUUUAAUCUACCAAAAAAUGAACUUGUCUCACAGUGCAAAGUACCCGACCACGAAGUAGACUCUGGUCCCUGUUCCAUGUCUGAAGUGUCGGGAUAUCAAAGUUUUAAUCAAGCAGUUGAACAAAGUAAAACAUCUGGUAAUCCAAGCUGCCCUGUAUUUGACUCUGGGUACAAGCCUUUUGAAAGUCUUCUAACAACCAACACCAUGUCUUUGGAUAGCAAUAGUCACCUGGCUGAACUCAAUAGUCAGUGUAACCUAGGUGACUCUGUUCAAAAUAACGAAGAUCCUCUCCAAAAGGGCAAGUUCACCAGUAUUACAGAUCAUGGGGGUAAAACUACAUGUUGCGAUAAAACAUCACAACAUGAAGAUCUAUCUCCUGGUGUUCACUCAUCAGAGUUUUGUUUAGAUGACUUUGAAAACAUAGAUACAGAAAAACAUAAUCCAUCGUAUGGUGAAUCAUUCUCCAAAGACCACAGGGAUGUGAUAGACGGAGCAGAAAACAUCAAGCGUGAUAAUGUUAAAUUACAAGAUGAUAUUUCUUUGGCCUUGACCUUUGACAUAUGUGAUCAUUUACGGAAUUUUACAAACAUGUACGUACACAAGGUUUCACUCAACAGUUUAGAAUCUGGUAGGCUUCCCAUAAAGCAUACGUCAUUCCCAUGCAGAUUGGAUGAAGCUACAUUUAUUCAUGAUCAUCUCUCUAUCAAGAAAUGUCAUCCUGAUCAGGACGGCCUCUCGCUAAAGUUUCAGAACAUAUCCUACUUCCUCCCCCUUUAUGAUCUAAGAGCCACUGGUUGCAGCCAGACAACUAGCCAUUUACUCCUGCAACAAAACAAUCUGGACAAGGACGGCAACUCAUACAUGAGGAUAGCAUUAUAAAUAAAGGGAUUUGGCGAAAAGAAAAACAUUUGAAUAUGUAAAUAUGACAAAUAUAAAAGUUGUAUUUAUUCUGAAAAUAUGUACAUACAGUACCUGUAAUAUUUACUAUGUGCCAUAUUGAAUCAGCUUAUGCUGUUCAGUACCGUAGCAAACAAUAAGUAAAAAAUAAAGAAAGCUACAUUUACAUAAA